CGCUGCUGUCAUCUUGUCAUCAUCACAGCAGAACGUCGCAACCAGACAGUCGACCGUCAAGAGACUGAAAAUGACAGCAGGAGCAGUCCUGGUCUCUACAAGUUGUGAGUGAAGAGUUGCAUGUCAUUCCCGCCGCACAACACGGCGGGCAAGAAACCGAGACCGCGGCAGGCUUCAUCCUCUUCUUGGGCACGAUCGGUUAAACUCCCACGCCGUUCACGGUCCAGGCCCAAAGGCAAAUGCAUAUCCCUGGCCCGAGCUCUGCGAUCGUGAUUGAGUCGAUGGUCUUUUGAGCUCGCGGAUGGGAUUUGGUCCACUCAACGACCACAAUGCCAUUCGAGAGCAGCGCAUAAGCCACCACCGUCGACCACCGACAUCACUCACGACAAGGCCAUGGCGCCUCCCCAUACGCCUUACACGGCCAAACACGAUGGCGAACUCGAAGGCGCAAGAGCGCGCGAGUUCUACAAAUACUAUGAGCCCUACGACAACCUCAUGCGAACAAGCAAUGAGAAAGUCAACGCAGACCCCGAUGGCUCAAUGUGUUCAUUUGACGAUGCGCUAGGUGCUUUUGCCCAAUUCAUCUGUCUUCGCUUGAACGUACAUCGCUGCCUUAUCUCAUGCUUCGAUCGCAACCAUCAAUACGUCCUGGCCGAAGCCACUCGCACCCUCGACUUGGAGUCGCAUACUGCAAAAGAGGAGAAAGACAGACUAUGGCUGGGCGCGGGUAUCUUGGACCGACAAUCGAUGCUGUGUGAGCGCACGCUCGAAUUGGCAGAGAAAAAGCAACACUCUGGCCACGAUCGUGUUGUCGUGUUUCCUGAUGUCGCCCAGGAUGACUGGUACAAGAAUCAACAACCACCUGUCAGGAUGCCAGAAGGCGUGCGUUUUUAUGCCGGUACUGCCAUUCGCAGUUACGUUGGCCCUGUCAUUGGUGUUAUCUCUAUCAUGGAUGAGAACCCACGCGUCGACCUCUCAGAUGCGGACCGCUCGUUCCUCAAGUACAUGGCUGAUACUAUCAUGUCACACUUGGAUAUGGUACGCUCAAAAGAGGAACAUCGUCGCACAUCUCAAAUGGUAAUUGGCCUUGGUUCCUACGUCGAGGGCAAGGCUAGCGUCGACGAAGACCUACACAAUCGCGUUAUCAACGCUGCUCACGAGAUCGACCGAAACAAAGCUCCCGGAGAAACUCCUGAUGUCGCUGUGAAUAGGCCACCUGAGAUUGCUGUCUCAGGAACCACAUCUUUUCCAGCCUCUCAGGCCGAUAAAGACAGGGACGUCAGCCAGCCUCCGUCUGAGAAUCUCCAAAACUCGAUGCUUUCUGAUGAUGUCAAGUCUACGUUCCACCGUGCCGCAUCUAUCAUCAAGGAUGCAAUUGACGUUGACGGCGUUGUCUUUCUCGAUGCUUCUGUAGGGAGUUAUGGUGGCCUUGUUCAAUCCGUGCCAGCCCACGAAGAUGCCUCCAAUUCGUAUUUCGCUCGCUCCGCCGCUUCGAAGAAGGAUUGUCAUAUCCUGGCGUGCGUCGGUCGGCUUCAGCCAGAUUUCCGCAUGACAGAGAGAUUCUUGCACUCGCUCUUGACUCGCUAUGCACCAGGAAGAAUUUUCAACAUCGACCAGAAGGAACCCACCGUUUCUAUGACGCAUCCACAAUCCCCAAACCAGCCUGAGGACUUUGAACAACAAGUCGUUCCCGAAGAAGCACAGCACUCUGAUCCCGAAACACGCGAGGAAGUACGUAGACAGAGACAAAGCGACUUGGACAACCUGAGACGUUUAUUUCCAGAAGCUUGUUCGUUGGCCUUUCUCCCCAUGUGGGAUGACCAUAGGAUGCGUUGGUUUGCAGGAGGUCUUGCAUUUUCGAAUCGAAAAAUACGACUUCUGCACAAAGAUUCCGAGCUGAGCUUCUUGCGCGCUUUUGGAAUCUCUAUCAUGUCUGAGGUCGCCAAACUUGACUCGGCCAUGGCAGACAGGGCCAAGUCUGAUCUUCUCAACAGUAUCAGUCACGAACUACGAAGUCCUCUACAUGGCAUUCUUGGUAGUAUUGAAUGCUUGGAGUCGUCCAGUCUUGAUACAUUGCAACGAGGCCUUGUUGAGACAGUUGAUGUAUGCGGAAGAACGCUCUUGGACACGAUUGAGCAUCUGCUUGACUUUAGUAAGAUCAACAACUUUACGCGGAACAAGGCGAAACAGCAGAUUGAGUCGGACGAAAACAAGGUCAACAUGCUCAGCCUCAACGCUCGUAAUCAUCUACCGACAAUCAUUGAGGAGGCUAUAGAGACUGUUUACGCAGGGCAUUCAUCCUAUGCACCUUCUCAUAGAAGCCCCGACAGUGAUCAACAUUCUUCAUCCAAGGAUUUAGAGAAGCACAACGUGCAGCUCAUCGUCGAAAUCGAUGCGAAGGAGUAUGGAGAUUGGUUGUUCAGUACUGAAGGAGGUGCCUGGAGACGCAUGGUCAUGAACUUAACUGGCAAUAGUCUAAAAUAUACGAAAGAUGGCCACGUCCACGUACAUCUUCAAGCGGAAGAUGUACCAAGGGAUAGCGAUGGCCUCGACAGAAGUCGCAUAACAUUGACGAUAAACGACACUGGACGCGGAAUCUCCAAGGAGUAUCUCCAAAACCAUCUUUUCCGACCCUUUGCGCAAGAAGAUCCACUUCAGUCAGGCGCGGGGUUGGGGCUAUCGAUGGUGCAACAAAUCGUCAAGAACAUGGGUGGAGAGGUCUAUGUGGAGUCGGAGCUUGACAAGGGAACCGAGGUUCGGAUAGAAGUCAUCAUGCUGAAAGCAUCUUCUUCUGCAGUCGACGCUGGAGCAGCUUCACCAAUGUCCGAGGCGAGGGAAGACCUUCGAGGAUUGAAGGCAGUUUAUAUUGACCCGCCUACUACACCCACUGGAGAAUCUCCCACUCAGCGAUCGUUCCGAAAAGUGCUCGACAGGCAAUGCUGGAAUUGGUUCAAGAUGGAAUUCGAAACCGUCAGCAGCGUGGAUGAGGUCAAGAAUGCCGAAUUUGUGAUCACAGCUUCUCGCAACUUACCCGAGAUGAAGGACCGAAUGAUCGAAAUAGACAAACCGGCCAUCAUAUUCUGCGAGAACAGUCCAGGAAUUCGGCAGGCAUAUGCGGAUUCCGAGACCCUUAGACAAGCUGUCGCCACCAACUUUAUCGCACAACCUUUCGGUCCACGCAAAUUGGCAAACGCCCUGGUACUGUGCAAGAAGCAACGCGGACAGGUCCUCGAGAAUAUCACCAUUCAGCGAGAUACUGACCUCUUCACAUGUCCUGUGCCACAGCGCGACAAGCAAAAGUCAACUGGAGAAUCCACAUCUCAAGCUGCAAGCGCACCAAGACCAGCGCCAGAAUCAAAGGCAAACGGCAGCAAUGCCAACGAGAAAGCUAGCACCGAAGCAGGGCAAGAUGGUCCGAAACCACUGCGACUACUCCUUGUCGAUGACAACAAGAUCAACCUCCAACUACUCGUGCGCUACUGCAAAUCCAAGAAGCACGACUAUGUUACUGCAGAAGACGGUGUUGAGGCCGUAGAGGCAUUUGCGUCACAUCAGACUGACUCAACACUGAAGUUCGACUUUGUCUGUAUGGACAUCUCGAUGCCGCGAAUGGAUGGUCUGGAGGCAACGAGAAGGAUACGUUCAUUUGAACAUAGCAAUGAGUUGACGGCUUGCAAAGUGCUCGCCCUGACUGGACUAGCGAGUGCAGAGGCACAGCAAGAAGCCUUUUCUAGCGGAGUUGAUCAGUUCAUGACCAAACCUGUGCGACUGAAAGAGCUCGGCGAGGUAUUGAGCGGAGCUCGUCGGUAAUGAUCUGAUCGGUUUCGCGACUUGAUACAUUAUGUUCAAAUCAGUUAUCGCCCACGACCUUUCUACUCAUGAUCAUGUGGUACGAAAAGGCACAAACGGUUGGUUUGAUACGUUGGUUUGAUGACCGAUUUUACGAGGCACACGUAUACCCAAGCAAUUGGACGGGUUCAGGAGAAUAUAAGGUGUGAUGAUGGACGGGUUUAUACGGAGGAGGAAAGGAAAUGGCAAACACAACGACGGGGAGGUUUUAGACUUGGCGGCCCAGCCCUGUCAUCGGUACAUCAGCAGGUCGACCGAAAUAAGACGAGGGCAUUCAAAUUUAAUCUAUGUGAUGUGAUGGUGAUUGCGAAAGAAGCAACGAAAUAGAAGCGAAAUUGACGAUCGAAAUAUUGAAUUCGCAAGAC